AUCGGGAUCACUCUGAAUUCGGAAUAUUUUUUUCCGAAAACUACAUGUGCAGAUGAUGUUGAAGCUGCCGAAACUGCUAUGCAAUUCUUUUUGGGUUGGUUUGCACAUCCUAUUUACAGUAAAGAGGGCGAUUAUCCAAGCGUUAUGCGACAAAGAGUUGAUGAGAAUAGCAAAAAAGAGGGUCGAUUUAAAUCAAGGUUGCCAAGCUUUACACAAGAAGAAAUUGAAUCAAUCAGAGGUAGUUCGGAUUUCUUCGGCCUAAACCACUACACAUCUCGCUAUGCCAGCAAGGGCCAAUUCGGAAAGGUGCCUUCCGUAGAGUACGACUCGGGAAUUGUGAAGACCAUUGACCCGGCCUGGCCGGGAUCCGCCUCUGAAUGGCUCAAGGUUGUACCCUCGGGAUUCAGAAAUCUAGUGAACUGGAUAAAGAGGGAGUAUGGUGAUAAACCGAUAAUUGUAACUGAAAAUGGAUUCAGCGAUAAGGGAGAAUUGAUCGACGAUGACAGAAUCAACUAUUACAGUUGUUACCUAAAAGAACUAUCAAAAUCAAUCAAAGAAGAUAAGUGCAAUGUUAUUGGCUACUUUGCCUGGUCUAUAAUGGAUAAUUUCGAAUGGUGUAAAGGCUACACAGAGCGUUUUGGAAUCUACCAAGUUGACUUUACUAGUCCAGAUCGUAAAAGAACUCCUAAAAAGAGCGUUAAAUUUUUCCAGAAACUGGUUGAAACUAGGAUUAUUCCAGAAGAUGUGAACACACUAUAAAAAUCAGUUUCUGUAAUCAAUGAGUUAAAGACAAGUGUGAACGCUUGGUUGAAGAAGUUGUAGUGAACAUUCAAUUAACAUAUUUCAUGCCUAUUUGACUGAGCAUAGUGAGGUUGCCGUACUACUUUUCAACUUGAGCGAUUUGAUCUUCUUUGUUUGAACUCGUCAUCUGUUAGUCGACGACGCAUUUACGGCCAAACGCGAUAAUGCUUUUCCAACAAAAUUGUUCUGAAAAUGUAUCAAUUAUUAUAUCAAUGGCAUGUUGAAACCCACAAACGUGUGGCUCAACAAAAAAGUAUAAAUAAUUUGAAACUUUGUAUUUUAAGGAUAAUAUUAAUAGAAAAUUAAUUAACCUAUACAAUAAUUAUACUAGCAUAUAAAGGGUUGGGCAAGGAAGAUCAAUAAUUUGAAAUAGCAGUUACACACUUAUUUUCAAACAAAACACCAUUUGUUUCUUCAAGUGUGUACCUUUAAUGUUGUCAUUUUAAUUAUUAGAGAAGAAAAAUUGUAACAUUGGUUACGUACUAGAAAUAACAUCUGUAAAAGACAUCUACUUUUGCCCAUACACUCCUGUUAACGUUGUGAAAAGGUGUCCUCUGAGGCGUUGCAAGUAUUAUUGCUCGAAUUUAUUUUGUUAACUUUCUUAGCGCGUUGAUGUUUGUUGAUGUAUUCACGAGCUCUUAUGUAGCCCAAAAAUAUUUACAAAGUAGCAGAUCAAAUGACUGAGGAGGCCACCCUACAUCUCCAGGUAACAAAAAACGAGACGUCCAGGGAGGAAUGCCUUGAGGGAUGCUUUCAUAUAGUUUGCUAUAUGCUUUCAUACCAGAAACAGAGAUUUACUCUAGCACCCCAAUCGCGUCUUAAGUCUCUAAAUCACGUAAAUAACCUAAUAUAGCUGAUGCUCCAGUUCAACUUACGAAAUACUACGCCACCAAAUGACGUUUUAAUUUCUUUGAUUGAGAGCAGUGAUGAAGACAGCAAAUAUUGGAUGAAGAAGAACAAAUCCAAAGUUUGUAGACCUUGAAAAAGAGACAAAACUGAAAAUUCAAGCAAGCGCGGGUAAACGGCGGGAAUAACUAUGACUCGAAGCGAAGUUUGAUAAGAAUUAAGAGUAUGUUAUGAAGCAUUGGUUUGUAGUUGAGAAAAGUAUAUAAAAAGAGUAUAAAAUAGGGGGGAAAGGAUCAUUGCAUUAGAGAGUUAUGAAUGGACUAUGGGUGGUCGAAUGAGAGACUUUGUGAUGCAGUAAACGUUUUUAUGUUUAGAUUAAUUUGACGACAGACUCUCAUGAACCGGUCAGGUUCAUAAAAAUUGUUUUUCAGCAUCUCAGGCUUGUCCUGAGAUAUAAUUGGCAUAUGUUUUAGAGAGUCUGGAAUAAAUAUAGGCUUUAAACUGUUGAUCCAUCCAUAUUGUGUGCCCUCUCGGCCCUUUUAAGCCCUUACGGCAACUGGGAGGAACCCGGCAUAACCCGGCCGUGAAAAAGAGAAGGGUUACCGCGGGUGCUGAGAGGCCUCCUGUCUGUAUUCCCUUCAGACAGGCUCAGCUAUUUGGGUUGGCUUCGCGGGGGUAUGUGGUAUGGAUGGUAAAAUAAUGGGACACGUCUGGGAAGAGACAGAAAAUUGAAAAAAAGACUGCUAUACCCCUAGGGGUAGAAGAAAAGGAUAUGGAAGCAAUUCAGGAGCUACAUUAGAAUUCAGUAUUCGCGCAGUCAAAUUGGUAUUCCCAGAAAGAAACGGCAAGUCCGUCAGUUUAUGAGUAACUAUGACUCUUAGUCUCUCCUACGACUGCCAUCCCAGGUACGGACUUUGCUGGCUACGUUCACGUGUUGUGUAACGCCCUGCCUUUAAAGGUCCGGACCUCACGUGGCUGCCUGCAACCGGACACUCGGUGCAGGGCAGAAUGUAACCAGGCAGAAAUAACGGCGCAUUGUGUGCAGAACUGCUUCAGGAGCCAUGAAGGAAGAGUCCUGCGGCACGAUGCCGUCGUCAACGCAGUUUCUGGUCAUCUUCGACGACGGGGUCAUCGUGUCAUCCGGGAACCGUACAUCCGGACAUCUCAGGACGGUCGGAAACCGGACAUCAUAGCGGGCGUUGAGGGAAAGUAUGCCUUCAUUAUGGAUGCCCAGGUUGUGUAUCACACGUCUUCAGUUUCUGGAAAGUUGUGUAUCGAAUAAGGAAACAAUCAAUAAUUGAGAAGAAGAAGACACACAAAAUACACAAGUUGAGGAAAAUGAAGCAGACAAUGAAGAUGUGGAAAUCAGACCUGCCGACACUCCCGCUACAAAAGGUAAAAAAAAACCAAAGCUCUAGUCCCAGUCGGACAACAAUUUACAGAUAUUUCAAAUAAAAGCAUAUUACUAAGAGAGCAAAGCAUUAAUAAAAAUGAGGAAGAUCUUCCUCAAACUAUUUUGUCUUU